AUGGCUAGUUUUGGUUACUUUGGUUAUAUAUUCGUAUUGGUUUUUGCCAUUAUACUUCUGAUUUUUAUUUUGUGUCGUAGAGGAACAAUACAAGGAUGCUGUACUCCAGAUCAUUUACGCACAGAUAAAAGAAAAUCUUCGAGUUCAAGCAGCAAAAAGCAUCGACAACCUCAAGGUAGCGUUCAACAGCAACAAUAUCCUCCACAGCAAUAUUAUCAACAACCAUAUCCUCAGCAACCAGCUCAGUCACAACAAUAUCCCCCACAAAGUUACCCACCACAACCAUAUCCCCCUCAAAAUUAUCCACCGCAGAAUUACCCACAACAAGAGUAUCCACCACAAAACUAUCCACAACAAGGAUAUCCACCUCAACCAAAUUCACAGGUUAAUGCAUCUCAGCCAUAUCAACCUCCACAAUAUCAGCCGCAAGCGUAUUCUCCAGAGACACAAAAUGAUAAUCCAUAUCAGUAA